GUCCCUGUGGUGAUUCGCCCACGGUUUAUGAUGUCGGCUACAUAACCAUCGUUGCAUCUCUACGCCCGUUGCACUCAGCACCGUAUACAAUUGUGUUGGUGGGCGGCAGUGCGCACCUUUGCUAAUAGUAUAUGAUAUUAUAUUUAGCCCAUCUUUUAUAUAUAGAUGAUAAAUCUCAUUGCUAUAUUGCUGCGUCUGUCCCAUCAUCUGAGGUUUCUUUCCAACCAUCAUGUUGUCUCAACUCUCCAUUGACCCCGUUAGACCUGCAGAAUUCCCUGCUGAGGAAUCUAUCCUUGCGCUUGGUCGUCAAGUGUUAGAGUCCACCGAGUCUUGGAAAGUAGGCAAGACCUUUUCAAAGGGCACCGUCCAAGCCCUUUCCCGCGCAAAGGGACCAGGUGACGGAGCUCCUUGGCAUUGCAGAAUUUCCAAGCACACAACGGAGGAUGCGACGUUCGAUGAGUUUUGGAGCAAGAUUGGCGUCAACAAAGCUGAGAACGAGAUGCAGUUCGUCUCUGCGAUCAAGAAAGUGACGCUAGUCAAGCGAAUCUCUGAGACUCAGUCCAUCUGGACUAUGUACUACACUUUCCCUCCCCCUGUCUCUCCGCGUGUCUUCACUGUGUUGCAAACAAUACACUUCUACGAGUCGACUCCAAGAAUUGGUCUGGUGGUUUCAAUUCCAGUUGAUUUGUCUGGGCCAGGUGACGAAGAUCUUGCCAAGCUUGAAGAGAAAGGCACAAAGGGACGAUAUGUCUCUGUCGAACGCUUGCUCGAGUUAGACGACGGCACAGUAGAGUGGCGAAUGGCGACGUCUAGCACACCUGGAGGAAGUAUUCCGAAUUUCAUUACAGAGAGCAGUAUGCCAGGCCAAAUAUCUGCGGAUGUUCCUCAUUUCUUAAAGUGGUUCCAUACCAUUCGCAAUCAAGGAACUGCAUAACUCGAUAGUUGAAAUUUAAUCGGACAGUAGAUCGGACAGUAGAUGAGUAUUAUAUAUGCUUGUUCAAAGGCGAGAAACGCGAUUCUGCAUGCGUUACUGUUGUGCGAACUCAGCACAAUCUACACAAUUAUGACAUCAAACA